AUGAAACAUCUGAAUAAAUCAAGCAAAACACUCGACAUUCGUUUAAAAGAGGAAAAGUUCUAUUUUCCAGGUGAAACUAUAGAAGGCCAUGUGCUUUUCCACCCAAAGACGCCAACCAAAGCGAACCAUCUUAUCCUACGAUUUUCUGGACAGGUUAUACUCUCUAUCAAGGAGAAGGAUACCAUUGUAUUAUUUCAAAACACAAAGAUCGUCGCGGUAUCUGAGGAAGAAGGUUCCAAAGUGCAUGUUCUCGAAGCCAAGCCGCAUCAAUUUCCUUUUAAAUUCACGGUACCUGAAGAUAUCGAAUUACCGAGCACCAUGGAAUUUGGAAAGAAAGCUUCUGUUCGAUAUUUCUUGACAGCCAUUCUCGACCGCCCAAUGGUACUCGAAUCUUUAUGCCCCAAAUCAGAAUUUACCAUACCCAUUUUGGAAUACAUCAAUAUUGAAUCAUCACAGUACCGACAGCCGAAAAUCCAGGAUACCGACAUGAUUCUCACUUUGGGAAACACCACCCAACAGUGUCACAUACGCGCAUAUAUACCGAGAUCGGGCUAUACAAGAGGUGACAUUAUUCCGUUGGUGAUGGCCGUGACUUGUACUGAGCCGGUCCAACAGAAAAAGGCUAUUUCCGUUGAACUUAUGCGAAUCACCGAAAUUGAAACCGGAAAACAAGCUGUGACCAAGGAAGAAGUGCUACGCAUGACCGAAAAUGACAUCAAUAUCAUGGGACCCAUUCCAUCCGCACAGUCCAUUCAUUGCAAAAUUCUUAUCCCGACCUCAACACCGCCGACGAUCCACUUCCACAAUACCACACUGCGUGUUCACUACAAAGUCCGCAUUCAGAGUCCCAAGAUCGAUACGAGUAGCAGCUGCGGAGAUAGUUCCAUCGAUAUGCCGAUCGUGAUUGGAACGUGGCCGCGUGCAGCGGUUCCCAUUGAUGAUGACGGUGACGAUAAUGAAAGUCUGGACACCGAGAUGAUGGAUACGAUAACGGCACUGGGAAUGGAUAAAGAACCUGCUACACAUCGCAGUUCCUCCAUGAAUUACGCGCGUGAUAAUAUGAGGAAUGGAUUGAAUGGUCGAGUAACGACAGAUCGCGCCUCAGAAGCCAUGUCCUUGGCGCGAGGACGGCAUCCCCCCGCUUCGGCUGGUUAUCGGUCUCCGGUCACGCUCAUGGGCAAAGAAAAUAUACUGGAUGUAGACGGUGUCCAUCGUUCAAGUUCCAUCGCUUCACGUUCCUCGGAAAGAUCGUACAGCUCUUUCUCUUCACAGUACUCUAACCGUUCUUGGGAUAGUGGCACCUGCCUUUCCAGGAACACAUCAAUUGCUACUACCGUUUCCGAUCAUACCCCAUCGAGCGCUCACCAAACUCCAAGAGUCAUGCUAUCUCCUCAACUGGCACCAGCAACCAAAGGCAAUUCACACUCUCAAGAGCGACCAUCCAACCACUCAGCUGUCGAACUUUCUUGUCAACAGGUUCAUUCCUUGGCCUCUACUCCUUGUACGACCAAUGCCAACCAUAACUCAUCUCGCAAUCACAACCGUGACUUUUCCUCACAAUAUCACACAUUCGCUUCGCAACCAGUCCCCCGAUACGUUAUGUCUCCAUGCGACGUCUCUAACAACACGUCUUCUGCAACAUCUCCAUCUGCAGGGUAUACGAACUGGCCUGCAAAGCCGAUCUAUCUCGAGCCCCGACCUUUGAAUCAUUCUCCACCAUCAUCUCCACGUUUGCUCACACAUGCUUAUAACGUGGAUGAUGUACCAGUUCAGAUACUGCAACCUGUCGCUCCUUCGAAUCCUUCCCGGCCUGUGUCACCCCCUUUUAAUCAUCGAGUGUUAACUAGCCGACGCCCGAGCCACGACAUUAGCCGACCUACGGUACUCAAGUUAAAGACGGACAAUGCCGCUAAUUCUAUUUCUCAAGUAAUGCACCAAGUCGAAACCAAGAUGAAUUUGGAUACAAUUGUAAAUUCGGACGACGUUUCGAAUGAUGAGAGCUCAGAUGAUUCGGAGGAUGACUUGUUAAGUAUCUUGAGUAAGCAGCGUAAGCAUCAAGCCCGCAAAGCACGGCAACAAGAAUCACAUCAUCAUUCAGCCGUAUUAUCAACAGGCAACUGA